AGUGGCGCACACAGUCGCUCGCUCGCUCGCCUGCCUCCCCACCUCACCAGCUCACCCCACGCCUCCCCUCCCCUCCCCUCCCCAACCCUAAUCCCCUCCCCGCCGGCGCGCUCCCCUCGCCGCUCGCCGCCCCCCACGGCAGCCGCAGGGCAAGGGAGGGGGGAGACACUGCCCCUGCAGGUGCACGCGCCGUGGCGGCGCGCGCGCUCUCUCUCUCGCGGGGAGGAGGCGGACGCGCGCGGCCCCCACCCGCCGGGAUCGGCGCGCUCCAGAUCCAGCGGUGACGGCGGGAGCCGAGUGCUACCGUCCCCAAUGAUCCUACGAGUAGAGCUACUGGACUUUUACUGGGACUGAGGACCCUGUACAAACUGCCUCAUGCAUGUGCUUUCUUAUUGGGGCUAAAAGAAUGGAGAGUUCCAGCUCUGGUUCUUGUCCUCAGGGUACAGUGUAUCAUUGGUUUGUCUUGUUUGCGGUUUGGCUUUGUGGCAGCCAGCAUGUUCUUUCGCAGAAAACACCACUUGAACCAAAAGAUAAAUUCCUUCUAUCUGAUCCGCCAAUUGGUCUCUUUGAUCCAAUAGAGAUUUCACCAUCUGUUCUUCCACACAAUGCUAACCCAGUUGAGCCACUGUCACCGAUGUAUCCAAACUACACAUCAUAUGAUCCGGUCUUGACUGGAAAAUGCCAUGUAAAUUUCUCAGCGCUUUCUUAUAUGAUGGAUAAAACAGCAUCUGAUUGUUCCAUUCCUUUAGCACCACUAGUUGCUGAUGUGAUAUGCUGCCCCCAAGUUAAUAGCUUGAUGAAUAUUUUCCAAGCUACAUAUGGUGCUGGAAACAAUACACUAGUUCUGAACCAGGCUUCAGCAAAUGCUUGUUUCUCUGAUGUUAUGAGCAUUCUGGCAAGCAAAGGAGCAAACACUAACAUCCCUGAGUUAUGUACUCUAAGGCCAUCAAAUCUUACGGAUGCUUCUUGCCCUGUGAAGGAUAUUAGCACAUUUGAGAAAAUAGUUAAUGUAAGCAAGCUUCUAGACGCAUGCAGCGAUGUUGACCCACUGAAAGAGUGUUGUAGACCUGUUUGCCAGCCUGCAAUAGUGGAAGCAGCAGUUCACAUAUCCUCUGGAGGAGCAAACAUGUUUGGAAGUUCUAGCAUAUCUGGAAGUGAUGCUGGGAUCAACGUCGUUAGUGACUGCAAAGGGGUAGUUCACUCCUGGUUAUCUAUGAAGCUUUCAUCAGAAGAAUCAAACACUGCUUUUAGAGUAUUAUCUGGCUGCAAGGUGAACAAAGUUUGUCCGUUGGAGUUUGAUGAUCCUUCUUCCGUUGUUAAGGCAUGUGGCAAGGCAUCUUCUUCAACGCCCUCAUGCUGUGGGGCAUUGCACUCUUACAUUGCAACUCGCCAGAAGCAAAUAUUUGUAACAAAUUUGCAAGCAAUUAACUGUGCAACCAUGUUCGGAUCAAUGCUACAGAAAGCUGGUGUAUCAAAUGAUAUUUAUGAGCUUUGUGAUAUUGAUUUAAAAGAUUUCAGCCUGCAAGCAUUUGGUCAGCAAGGCUGUCUACUUCGCAGCUUACCUACAGACAUUGUAUUUGACAAUGCUACGGGCAUUAGUUUUACAUGUGAUUUGAGUGACAACAUUGCAGCGCCAUGGCCAUCAUCAUCAUCUGUUCAAUCCUUGUCACUUUGUGCUCCAGAAAUGUCAUUGCCUGCAUUGCCUGUCGCGCCAACAUCUGGAAGCUCAGGUAUCUCCAGAACUGGAAUUGGAAUUUUGGCGCCUCUUCUAUUCUUUGCGACGGCCAUCACCUUCUGAGAAAUGCUUCACCUAGUGAACCAGGAGCUUCUUACCCCUGUUGUAUUUUUUCCCCUCUGUGCAGGCCCACGUGUAAAUUGAAUUGCAUUUCAUUCUUGUAAAUGAGCCUUUCCCUUCUCUGUUCUUUUUUGUUCGGUGGAUAGCAUUGCUGUUAUGUGUUAGAGAGGACUGUUGUACCAUCAGAUAUCUGAACAAUGGAGGUAAAUUUCUAGAUGUUGCUGGGCAACAAAGGCUAUGGACUUGGAAUGCAACUCUAAAUGCCGACCCAUUAUUAA